AAAUGUUGGAAAUGUCCACCGUUAUCUUCAAUAGCCGAAUUAUUACCUAUACACACACACAGUAUAGACAAAGAACGGGAACCACAGAACACCAAGUUCCUACUGGUAGUAACUCUUGACCAGGUGGCUAAAGUUCCUACCAGUAGGAACUUUAGACUCGGCGACUAAAAUUCCUACUGGUAGGAACUGUAGACAGUCCCUUUUUUUAAGGAUGUCUAUCUUGCACUGCCAUCCUCUACGUAAUGGCCAGCACUGGGUUCAUGGUUAAUUUCAUGCUACGUGUAAACAUAUCAAUAGCUAUAGUAGACAUGAUCGAACACAGCAAUAUAACCUCAAAUUACACGCGAUUUAACUGGACGCCGCUGCAGAAAAACGAAAUCCUCGGUAUAUUUUACUGGGGGUACACAGCUUCGGUAUUAGUAGGCGGCAGAUUAUCGGAGAUAUAUGGAACGCGUUUGAUCUUCGGAAAUGGUAUUUUUUUGGCGAGCAUAACCACGAUAUUUUUCCCACUGUGUUGUAAAGUUGAUUAUUACUUGGCGCUGGUAGCGAGAUUUUUAAUGGGUAUCUUUUUGGGCGUGUUAUUUUCCUCUAUACUCCCCAUAGCCGUCCACUGGGUUCCUCCGUUGGAUAGAUCGAAGUUUUCUUCGAAUUUGAUGGCUCAAGGUUUAGGUGUUGCCAUUACGUUACCUGUAUGUGGAUAUUUGAUAACCUAUCUAGGUUGGGAGAGUGUUUUUUACUCUACGGGAGCCGUAGGUUUAAUUUGGAGCAUCACAUGGUAUUUUACCAUAUAUGACUCUCCCGAUUUACAUCCCAGGAUAAGUUUUGAGGAAAAAAGCAAUAUUAAGAACAGGAUGGUGUUGGAAGUUGUAGAUAAAGGCAAAAAACCCAAGAAGGUUCCUUGGAAGAGCAUUUUAACCUCACUACCUGUUUGGUCUAUUAUGAUAGCACAAAAUGGUAACACUUUUUAUUUAUUUCCUUACAUCAAUCAACUACCCACAUAUAUGAAUGAUGUUCUUAACCUCAAAAUAUCGGAUAAUGGACUAUUUUCAUGCCUUCCUUUUAUAGGUCAAUACGCAUUUGCUUGUAUAGGUUGCUAUAUAGCAGAUAAACUACGUAAAUCAAAGCAAGUAUCCACAAAAACUACACGAAAAAUCUUUAUAGCAUUUGCAUUUUUCAUCCCCUCAACGCUAAUGUUGAUAUUAGGCUGCUUUAAACUUCACUACCUCAUAGCAAUAUCAAUCCUAACCCUCAUACACUCAUUUAAAGGUUGCAUAUCGGCGAGCUACAUAGCAAAUGCUAUGGAUAUAGCGCCAAACUUUACAGGAACUCUGUUUGGUAUCUCUAUGGUGAUGGGUUCAAUGACGGGAUGGGUCGGCAAUAAAAUGGUAGGAUUGUUAACCAAAGAAGUUAGCGAUUUUGAAACUUGGAGGACCGUUUUUAUCACCAUCGCCCUUGUCAGUUCCGCUGGUGGAUUUUUUUUCUUUGUGUUUGUUUCUGGCGAUGUGCAGAAAUGGAAUCAAGAGGAAAAUGAUGAGGAAGACUUGGACAUAGAACCGUUAAAAGCUAGUAUAUUGCCAAAAAGAACAUGAUACUGUAUACAUUGUUGUUUCUAAAAUAUGCUUGCAAUUUUUGUUUGCAUCAAUUGUCACUUCAUUAAAAUAAAUGUUAGUAAGAUUGAACCAUUACAGUAAUUUUAAUUUCUGAUUACGAAAUAUUGUAA